AACUUAAAUGGUGGAAAAAGCGAUAACAAAAAUGAUAAAGUACAAACAAAAGCGAAUUAAUUUCAAGUUUUAAAAACAUUAUCGCAGUUAAAAAAAGUUGCAGAUUUAUAUUACCAGGACUGCCAACUUUAUCACACUAUCAAUAGGUUUUUUGGGUAGAUUAUUUAUUCGUUUUUGACACUCAAACUACUCAUAAAUAUAACCUCAAAUUUGUUACACAAAACCCCCACGAUGCAGUCAUCCCUCGAAGACUACUCCAACCACUGUCGUCUAUGUUUAAACGAACUCAGCGACUCCAAAAUAUACUUGUAUGGGGACGAAAAUAUCCCGACGAUGCUGUCUCAGUGCACCACGAUUUCGAUUUCUACCGAAGAUGGUUUAAUGCAACACAUGUGCGUGCUUUGUAGCCAAAAACUCCAAAAUUGCUUCACUUUCAAAGAAAAGUGUGAAUCAGUGGACAAAUUUCUAAGGGAACUGUUAACCACUUGCUCCCAACUAAGUGAAGACGCUUGUGACUCAGUUGGAACCCAGUCACAAUUUUUGUGUAACUUGUGUAACAAAACAUUCACCAGAAACACGUCAUUGCAGAUACAUUUGGAAAGACACCGGAAAAUGAAAGCCCAUAAGUGUGACACGUGCCCUAAGACUUUCACCACGCGACAGGACUUAAAAAUCCACCAAUCCAGACACACAAACAGUGCUUUAUUUAAGUGCCACACGUGCGCGAGAACUUAUAAAUCAAAAAGCGCGGUGGUAAAACACAUGAGGACCCAUUCACUGGUCAAACAGUACCUUUGCCCAUACUGUGAAAAAGGUUUUCACGUCCACGACUCCUUCCAGACUCAUCUAAAAAUCCACACUAAAGAAAACUUGCUUAGUUGUCCAAUUUGUGACCGGAGGUUCGCUGCAAGGGCUUCUCUCCACUUCCACUUGAGAAAACACACAGGAGAAGCGCCAUUUUUGUGUUCAGUUUGCGGUUCGCGCUUUAAAACUAAGUCGGAAUUGGGGCAGCAUGAAGUCAGACACUCUGGAGUGAAAGAAGAGAAAUUAAAAACCGAAAUGUGUAAUUAUUGCGGCAAAAAUUAUAGCUCUAAAAGCGGCUUAAACCGACACAAAUUGGAACACAGCUUGCUCAGAUACCAAUGUGGCGAAUGUUAUCGCCAGUUUCGCACAGACAAAGAUUUGGAAAUACAUUUGGUGAUACACACGGGGAAUUUUCCGUUUUGUUGUACAACCUGCGGGAAAGGUUUCAACAGGAAAAAUAAUUACCAGAGGCAUUUGAAACAGCACCAGUUGUUAAUAAAAUAAACAAAAAUAAAAAAUUAAAGAGUAA